AUGUCCUCUGAAGUAAUCAAUUCUGAACAUCCUGUUAAACUAGUUCUUUUAGGUGGACCAGCCGUGGGGAAAUCAACAUUUGCUAAUAAUAUACAUUCAAAAUUUUUCAGAGAAACUUAUUAUCCAACUCAUAAAUCAACAAUAUUAUUAUUUGAAUAUAAACCAAGAACAAAGAGAGCAAAGAGUAUAUUAGAUGAAUAUGGUGGUCUUGAGGCUAAAAAAUUAAUCAAUCAACAAAAUGAUUUACAAUUAUCUCCAACAAUUUUCCAAUCUUAUAAUAAAAAUCAUGUAUCAUUGAAAAAAAGAAGAAAUAGUUCAAGUUCAAAUGCAAAUUCUCAAGGGAAGGCAAAUAAAUCAUUAGUUAAAAAUGAUUAUUAUUCUUAUGAUUUCCCUAAUAAUGAUAAUUCAAUUGAAGGUCAAUACCAAGAGCCAAAUUAUUCACCAAUAUUAAUUGAAUUAAUUGAUACUCCACCUUUUAAACCUGAUUUAGUUGUACCAUUUCUUGAAGUUUCACUUUAUAGAAAUUUAGAUAAAGAAGAUUUACAUAAUUUAGCAAAUGAACCAAGAAGACCAGUAUCAACAAAUCCAUUACUUGUAGCAAGUGGUGCAUCAGAAAUGAAUGGGAAUGUUAAUGGUUAUAUUUUUAUGUAUAGUGCAGUUCCAAGUUUUAAUCCACCAAGUUAUGAUGAUGUUUUAUCACCUUCAACUUCAAGAAAUUCAAGUAUAACAACAGAUUCAAAUCAAUUAAAUACUGUAACAUCACAAGAAGAUCCUUUAAGUUUAUUAGAUAUUAUUAGAGGUGCAAUAAUUGAUGCAUGGAGAGAAUAUAGAAAUUAUCAAAAAAAAUGGAAAAAAGGUUCAGAAGGUGAUGUUUAUUCAUUAAUUUAUGGUAUAAAACAAUUAUGGAAAUUAAAAUCUUAUGAAGAAGAACAAUUGAAACUUGCAGAAUUAAGAAAAAUUUCAAAUAGAUUAGAUGAAAUUGAUAUUGAUCCAUCAUCACCAGAUUCUCCACCACCAAUUCUUAUAGUAUGUACACAUUCAAAACAUGAAGGAAAAUCACCAAAAUUAAUUGAAGAUGGUAAAAAAUUAGCAAAUAAUUGGAAAUCUUCAUUUAUAUUGGUGGAAAAUGAAAUUAAUGAAAAUGUUGAUGAAAGUAUUUCUUUAAUGAUUAGAGAAAUUGUGGAAAGACAAAAAUUACAAAAAAUAAAGAAAAAAUUGGGAAAGUGA